AUGGACAAAUCCUGGAUGGAUAAACAUAGGUUGUCUCCAGAAUAUGAACAAGGUGUUGAGAAAUUCUUGAGAUAUGCCAUCGAUCAUAUUCGUGACAGUAUGGAUACUGAUGAGAUAGAUGAUGAAAUUGAGAUAUUAUGUCCGUGUAGGGAAUGCAUGCACACUGGUUCUCUGCCAGUGCAUAAAGUGAGAAUUCACCUGUAUGUUAGUGGUAUCAAUCGAAACUACAAGAAUUGGAUUUGGCAUGGGGAAGAGGUUACUGCUAAUUCUAGGUCGUGUACUUCACAUGACGAUUUCCAAUAUGCGCAUGGUGACGAUGAGGAUGAAAUGGAGCUACCUGAAGAUGCUGCAGCAGCAAUAGAUAUGGUUCAGGCUGCACAUGAAGAGUUCACAGGGGAUCCAUGUAGUUUCCAAAAGUUGAUUGAAGAUGCAGAAAAACCACUUUACCCAAGUUGUUCUUCGCAUACAAAGGUAUCGACAUUGAUUAGGCUAUUCAACAUAAAAGCAAAAGGUGGUUGGUCCGAUAAGAGCUUCACAGAAUUACUCCGUGAAGUUAAAAGCAUGCUCCCACCAAAUAACGAGUUGCCUGAGUCUAUGUACGAAGCUAAGAAAACUCUUAAUGCAUUAGGGAUGGAAUAUGAGAAAAUACAUGCAUGUCCCAAUGAUUGCCUGCUUUUCAAAAAGGAUUAUAAAGAUGAUAAUACUUGCCGGACCUGCGGAGCUUCUAGAUGGAAGAAGGCGCCAUCUGGUACGAGUAAAGGGGUGCCUGAGAAAGUGAUGUGGUAUUUUUCACCUAUUACUAGAUUUCGAAGGAUGUUUCGGUCACCAAAGACAUCAAAACACCUGAUAUAUCAUAGCCUCCCAAGAGUUGAAGAUGGUAAACUUCGUCAUCCAGUCGACUCCCCGACAUGGAAACUAGUUGACAAUAAAUGGCCAGAGUUCGCUAAAGAACCACGAAAUCUGAGGUUAGCUCUUUCUACAGAUGGGUUCAAUCCAAAUAGUUCUGUUGGUGGCAAUUAUAGUUGUUGGCCGCCCGGAAACGAUAUAGAUGUUUAUUUGGCCCCUCUUAUAGAGGAUCUACAUAAAUUAUGGGAUGAAGGUGUGGAAGUUUAUGAUGCCUACAAGGAGGAGAACUUCAAUCUCAAAGCUGUACUUCUUUGGACGAUCAGUGACUUCCCCGCAUAUGCUAAUCUUUCGGGUUGCCCUAAAGGAGGAUAUAAUGCUUGUCCAAUUUGUGCUGAACGUACUUCUUCCAUCAGGCUCAAAUACUCCGGGAAAAAUGUUUAUCAAAGUCAUAGGAAAUUUCUUCCCAGAAAACACAAGUUUAGAUUGGAUAAAAAGGCUUUUGAUGGUCAGCAAGAGUUAGGUACAGCUCCAAAACCUUACGACGGUGAAGAAGUUCUUAGGCAGGUUGAAGGCAUUCAGAACGUAUGGGGUAAGACAACGAAAUCUAAACCCGUCUAUUGGAAGAAGAAGUCAAUUUUCUUUGAACUAGCAUACUGGAAGUACCUGCUUGUCCGACAUUGUCUAGAUGUCAUGCACACGGAGAAAAACAUAGGAGAGAGUAUUGUUGGGACGUUACUAAACGUACCUAAGAAAACAAAAGAUGGUUAUAAUGCUCGAAAAGACCUUGAGGAUUUAGGAAUGAGGCCUGAAUUGGCACCUAAAGAGAAUGGAAAAAAGGCAUACCUUCCACCGGCAUGUUUCACAUUGACAAAGAAGGAAAAGAUUAAGCUCUGUAAAACAUUGUCUGAAUUGAAGGUCCCAAAAGGUUACUGUUCGAAUUUUAAAAACCGGGUAUCGAUGAUAGAUUUAAAGUUGUACGGUCUAAAAUCGCAUGACUAUCACAUGCUUAUGCAGCAAUUUCUUCCGUUAGCUAUAAGGUCCAUUUUGCCUGAGCAUGUGAGAAAUGCUAUGAUCAGGUUAUGUUUUUUUUUCAAGGAAAUCUACUGCACUGAGGUUGAUGUCAUGCGCCUGACUCAAAUACAAGAGGACUUGGUUGUUACCUUAUGCUUAUUGGAACAAUAUUUUCUCCCGUCUUUUUUUGACAUCAUGGUUCAUUUAACUGUCCAUUUGGUUCGGGAAGUUCAAUUAUGUGGGACGGUUUGCUUCCGAUGGAUGUAUCCUUUUGAAAGGUUUAUGAAGGUUUUGAAAGGCUAUGUUCGAAAUCGGAACCGUAUAGAAGGUUCCAUAGCUGAGGGUUAUAUUGCAGAAGAGGCGGUUGAGUUUUGCACUGAGUACUUCAAAAAUGUUGUAACUAUUGGUAUUCCUAUUGUUGGUACUGCAACAACGACCGAAAAUUUUUGUGGCACGAGCCUUCUUUCUGACGGGAAGACAUUAUCAAAGAGCACAUUUGCUGAUCUUGAUGUUAAUGGACCAGUGAUGCGGCAGGCACACCAAACUGUACUAAAUAACACAGAAGUCGUGGAACCCUACUUUGAGUUACACAUGUCUUAUUUGAAGGAAAAAUUUCCACAUGAAACAGAAAAAUGGCUGGAGAAACAGCAUUGUCAAACAUUCCAAGAUUGGUUACAUGAAAAAGUUGAAGAAGAACGAAAGGAUCCUGAUAAUAUUAUAUCUGAAGAAUUGAGAUGGAUAGCAUCUGGACCAAGUAGCCAAAUACUGACAAAUGAAGGAUUCAAAGUAAAUGGAUGCCGAUAUCACACAAAGGCUCGAGAUGAUAUAAGAGUUACCCAAAACAGUGGAGUAUGCUUAGUGGACACAGAAGACAACAGUUACUACGGUGUGAUCAAGGAGAUAUGGGUUCUUGAUUAUCAAAUGAUAAGGGUACCCUUGUUCAAGUGUAACUGGGUGCAAAAUCGGGCAAUAAAGAUAGAUAAACUGGGAUUCAGACGAGUUGAACUUGAGAGGUUAGGUCAUAAAGCUGACCCCUUCAUUAUGGCUUCCCAAGCGAAACAAGUUUUCUAUGUACAAGACCAAAGUUAUUCUAAUUGUUCGAUUGUCAUAUCAACACGGGAAAGAUAUAUAGAUGAAUGUGAGGUGGAAGAGUCACUGGCCUUAGAGGGUAAUCCCAGUUUUGAAAAUGUUGUUCCUGAGGAGGGUUCCUUCGACAUAGGUGAUGAUUCUCAAUAUGCUUACAUGCGUGAUAACAAUGACGGUAUAUGGAUUGAAUACAUCUCCAAGGAAAAAAAUAAAACACACGUGCAAGAUGACAACCCGAUGGACGAGGAUGAAUCAUCGGAUGAUGACAGUUCCAUGGACGACGGUUACAGUUCAAUGGAAAUUGAAGCAGAUGAUGAUGACUGA